UUUAUGGGUAUAUAAACAACGCCCCACAACAUGCAGUUUUAUCAUUGAUAAAAGGGACGCCAGAAAGCCGUUAACGAUGUAUAAACUUAUUUGCCUAGCACUAUGUAUAGCGGUAUCCUCGGCUAUGACCGGUUAUGGUAGUUAUUACGGAAGCGGUGGCUUUGGAUCAGGUUAUGGUGGGGGUGGAAUAGGUUAUGGCAGUGGUUAUGGAGGUUUCGGUGGCUAUGGAGGAUACGGGGGAGGUUAUGGUGGAUUGGGUUAUGGAGGAGGAGGUAUUGGUUAUGGUGGAUACGGCGGUGGAUAUGGAGGAUAUGGAGGCGGUUAUGGUUCACUAGGUGGCAGUUACAUUGGGCUAGGUAGCGGAUAUGGCAAUAUUGGAGGAUAUGGCAGUAUUGGAGGAUAUGGCAGUAUUGGAGGAUAUGGAAGUAUUGGAGGAUAUGGUGGUUAUGGAUCUCUAGGAGGCUAUGGCAGUCUCGGUGGAUAUGGCGGUUAUGGCGGCGGCGGAUACGGUGGAUAUGGCGGUCGUUACGGCGGCUAUAGUGUUGGAUUAGGUAGCGGCUUCGGUGGCGGUUUCGGUAGCGGUUUUGGAGGAUUUGGCGGAGGAAGCUUCAGACGAACAGGCGGAAAGAGAUACGGAAAAUACUAGUUUAAAUAAACGAUUUGUGCUAAGAGGGAUAACAGCUUAUAUUGUUGUUUCUUCAUUGAACAUGUUUUGUUACUAAUUUAGAAAAUAAUUAAAUGUUCCUAGAAAACUU